ACCACAGCUUCUCUGGACAAUUUGUGCCAGGGCCUCACCCCACUUCCCAUGGAGGAAUUUCUUGACAAUAUCCCCUCCUGAUCCCAUUUCUCCAUCUGUAAAAGAGGAGCAACAUUACCUGUCUCAAUAAGGUUGAAGCAUGGAAUGAUGGAAUGAUUUGGCCUGAAGAGACUUAAAGCCCAUCCAAUCCCACCUGCUGCCAGGGGCAGGGAUACCUUCCUGUCCAAACUGAUGUUGGACACUUCCCUGGAUGGGCUCACAUCUCCUACAUCUGUAAAGUUCCAGUUAUCCACAGCCCCAGUAACAGACUCUGCUCUAGGAAGAGUUACACCAGCAAUGGCCAUUUUGAGGAAACAGAACACUGGGGAAGAGGAUGGUAAAUUGUUCCAGCUGGGAAUAACUCUGGGCAAUAAUAAGUCUGGUGUGAACAGCUGGGGAUCUACCAGCAUGGAUCAGAUCUAACAUUGCCCAUGCCCAGGGGUUGCUUUGGGGACCCUACUGUCAGCAAGGUAAGAGAAAUCAGUUUACUGUUUGCUCUGGGUUUGUGAUGAUGCCAGCUUCCUGUGGCACUCCCAUACUUAGCAAAUAUUUCCACACCUUUGGCAGAGAGACAGAGAACUUCUCCCCAGUCCUGCUGCUCUCCAGAGGCUGCAUCACCUCAGCAGCUUCACGCUCUGCUCUGCACAUCCACCACCCCACAAACAGGUAAGUGCAUUAUCCCAGAGCUUUGGGUAGGGGAGGGUUGGUGGGAGCUCUCUUAUUUAAGUGCUCUUGUUUGGUUUUCCUCUGCUCUUGGAGACUUCCAAGGGAAAGAGUCUAGAAGCGCUACUAACAUUGAGCACACAAAGAUACUUGUCUUUGGAAUGGUUCAAACUGUAAGAAAGCAGGGUUAGAUGGGAUAUUGGGAAGAAAUUCCUCUGUAUGAGGGUGGUUAGGCACUGGCACCAGCUGGCUGACAUCCCUGGCAGUGUCCAAGGCCGGGUAGGAUGGGGCUUGGAGCAGGCUGGAACAGUGGGAUGCAUCCCUGACCAUGGCAGGGAGGGGAAUGGGAUGAUCCUAGACGUCACUUCCCACCCAAACCAUUCUGGAUUGCUCAAUUUCUCAAUUGCUCUCCACCUCCAUCCUGUAAAACACCAGAAAAGUGAAACUGGAGCUUUUUGAUAAAAACAAGCCGUGUCAGAAUAGAAACAGGGAUUUCUUUCUGGCCCUCAAACACCAUCUGUCCCCUGCAGACCACCAGGGUCUGUCCAAGGAGCUGGACUGGGCUGAUUUCUCUCUUAUUUUGGUGGAUAUUUGUCCCCAAAACCAGCAUCUUCAGAGUCUGCCAGCUGUGUUGUCUCUGUAUAAUCACUGGGGUUGUACAGAGCAAAGGCGAACAAGCCAAACAACCCACGGCCCCUGCUGCUUCCUCUCCAAAUGCUCUCUGUAACAACCCUGUGAAACUUGUGUCCCUGGGUAAUAUCGGUUACUAUUUUGAAAAUAACUUAAUAAUUAAACUAACACUUUGUUACAACAUCUUGCUUAAGCUGCACCAGGGGAAGUUUAGCUUAGACAUCAGGAAAAUAUUCUUCACUGAAAAGGUGAUUGGUGACUGGAAUCAUCUGCCCAGAGAGUUGGUAAUCAUUCCUGGACGUGUUUAAAGAAAGACUGGACGUGACACUCAGUGCCAUGACUUAGUUGAUAAGGAAGUGUUUGGUCAUAGGUUGGACUAGGUGAUCUCAAAGAUCUUUUCCAUCCUAGUUCAUUCUGUGAUUCUGUGCUAUUAUUUCAAGGAAUUUGGCUUAAUUUGUGUUGCCUCUUUCCCAAGGCAGAAAUCCCCUUCGCUUUGUUUCAAAACCUCAGCCACAGCAGAAUGUUUAAAAAACUCACCAAAUUCCUUGUAAGUAAAAUGGAUCCAUGCAAAGAAUUGGUCCCUGUCGAGAGCAUCGCAGACAAUGAGCAUUUCAGGCCUCUCUGUCUACUGAUAGAAAGAAGAAAAUCAAACCGCAUAUUCCACUCAGCUCCCUACUACCAGAGGACAGGGUUCACACUGGAAGAUGUGCUGCUGCCUGGAGAAGAUGGUAAAUGCAUAGAGUCUCUCCAUCAAGAUUCCAGCCAAUUUACCCUCAGAAAAACCAGCGCUGACCAAGCUGAUGGAGGUCUCAGCAUUGCUUUUGACCCUGCAAGUGUUGGGCUGCAAGGAGGUGCCUCCUUGUCCAAAGAGUUUUCCAUUACACCACAGAAGAAGAGAGUACCACUGGAAUCACUGGAGGCACUGAGAAGAGGAAGGGAAAUCAACAUGGAUCAUUCCUUCAUCCAGCAACUACGGAGAACAGACAUCAAACUAUGUAUGGUCACUGAAUACCAGGGCACCAGGGAGGACAAACAAAGCAUAGUCAUACCCAAGGGCUGCACCCUGGCCUUCAGGACCAUCCGGCUACACAUCAGAGAUGGAGCAUGGGAUCUGGAUUAUUUCCCAGCAGAACCUGUGAGAAGGGCAGCUUAUGUAGCUGAUGGUCCCUCACAAGGAAAAUUAGGAGCAGUGGUGGCAGAAGUUAACUACUCCUGCCGAAUUUUCCCCGAGCUGUCUUCUGACCUGCUGGUCAUAGUCUUAAACACCAUCAAAGCUGGGAUGAGAGACAAGAACCUCCUGCAGGAGCUCAGACAGAAAAUGGAAGAAGUUCCUGAGCAAAAUUAUGGUUAUGAGCUGAAAACUGAGAGCCCACACUUAAAAGAUCUGUUCAGAACCUUACAGCACUCUCCAAGAGAUCGUCUCCUUCCGCUGGCAGAGGGAAUCACCUACGUCCUUGAUGCUUUGUAUGAGUUAAUGGACGAUCAGCUGCUGCUGCUGCUGGAAUCCUUGGAAAGGAAGAUUGUGUCCCAACAGCUGAGGCUGGUUGAAAACCUCCUGAAUCAUGACCUGGAUAAGGGGAAGGAGACUUUCCAUUUUGAUGCUGAGCUGCUUUCCUUCCCACACGAGGAGGAACAGAGGUUAACCAUGGAACUGGUGGAGCUGAGUGGAGUGCAGCUCCAGGAAGAUGGAUCAGCUCUCCUGAGGGAUCAACCCUUUGAGCCCAUGGCAGCCUUGUUUGUGGCUCUGUACGCCCUCAACCUCCUGAGUGGCUCUGAGUAGGAGGUACCUGGCCCUGCCCAGGGAACUUCUCUACAAUGUCUUGGGAAAUCUCUGCUCUCAAGCCAGCUUUCUGUCCCAGUAUCAUCCUUGU